GGAAUAUUAGAGUUUACUGUAGAAUAAGGCCUGCUUUCGAUGCAGAAGCGAAAAUUGUCGUAGAUUUCAUUGGAGAAGAUGGUUCUUUGGUUGUAAUUGUUCUACUAAAACCCUGGAAAGAUGGGAGGAAACUUUUCGAGUUUAACCGUGUUUUCGGUUCAAGUGCCACUCAGGAAGAUGUAUUUCGAGACACUAAACCGCUUGUAAGAUCAGUGAUGGAUGGUUACAAUGUAUGCAUUUUUGCUUAUGGUCAAACUGGAUCUGGGAAAACAUAUACUAUGUCUGGCCCGGGAGGUGAAUCAACAAAGGAAUUUGGAAUCAAUCAUUUGGCUCUGAAUGAUCUAUUCCUAUUAUCUGAUGAAAGGAAGGACAUCAUGAGUUAUAAUGACCAAAUUCGUGAUCUUCUUGCAGACGAUCCUUUGCUUACUAAAUAUCCUUUCAUUGUGAUUUUUCCGUAGUUUACAUCAGAUUUCAUGAGUUAAUUUGAGACACUUCCAAGGCAGAAAAGUGAAAUAAUUGCACCCUUAACUGUUCGUUCAUACAUUGUAAAUUAGAAGCUGCAUGAACGGAAACGGUCUACCUCUGCCUGAUGCU